AUGGCUGGGAGUGGUAGUGCCACGUUGGUCCACUCAUGGAAGCCCCACUUGCAAAGUGGCGGUGCCAGGUUGGUCCACAUUGAAGCCCCACUUGAAAAGUGGCACGUCAUUGUCCCCAUGAACCUUAAUCUGGUAAAAAUGUUGCCUCCUCCUACUGUCUCUGCAAUUUCAACGAAACUUAUCAACAAUUCAAUACUCCCAUUUUACAAAUCAAUCGCCCUCACAACAAAACCACCGAAUUACUUGCUUCUACGUAAUUCACUGACAGUACGUAAUCAAAUUCCACCUGAAGUUCCGGGAAAGAUUCCACCGGAAUUCCCAAGAAGCCCUGAUUAUGCACCGGCUCCUUCAGUUCCGCCUGAAUUUCCAACAGCUCCUCCAGAGAUUGAGACAACUCCACCGGAAAUUAUAACGCAGCCUCCGAUCACUCCAGAGAUAACAACUCCUGGACCGGGACCGGAAUAUCCAGUCCCACCGCCUCCAACUCCUCCACCUGAUAUCCCACUCCCACCGCCAGGAACACCGCCGCCUGCGCCACCUAAUAGGCUCCCUCCAAGGGUACCUCCUGAUCCUGAUAUUUUACCACCGCCUACUUAUCCACCUCCUGAUAUUCAUCCACCACCUGAUCUUCCGCCAGAAAUAAGGCCGCCGCCUGGACCAAUUGUUGCUUUUGGUUCUGUUUCCAUUGCCAACUUUCUAUUUCUUAGUUUCAUUUAUGUAGUUCAAAGCGAUAUAUAG